AUGUCGCUCACCCACUUCUUCUACGAGCCUUUCUACUCCCUUUCCGACUUUGAUCGUCUCUUUGACGAGGCGUUCCAAGCGCGCAAUGGCUCCAGCCGCUCAGGCCAAGUCGCGCGCCAGAACUCGUCUCUGAGCGCCCUACGCCCCAAGAUGGACGUUCACGAAGACAAGGAGAAGAACGUCGUGACUGCGAUGUUCGAGCUCCCGGGCCUCAAGAAGGAGGAUGUCAGCAUCGACGUGCAGAAUUCGGUUCUCACUGUCUCCGGCGAGACCAAGGUCGAUGAGACGAAGGAGCAGGACGGCUACGCCGUACGCGAACGCCGCUUUGGCAAGUUCUCGCGCUCUAUUCCUGUGCCGCAGGGUAUCAAGGAGGAGGAGAUCAAGGCGUCGCUUGACAAUGGCGUGCUGAGCGUGAGCUUCCCGCGCACGGCACCUGAGGCUCAGCCAAAGAAGAUCUCCGUCGCAUAA